CGAAACAAUAUGGGGCAUAUUUCAGAAAGCACGAGGCCAUACAAGUGCACACAUGAUGUUUUGCUUACUGAUUUCCAGUGUUUCAUAUGUCAAAGAAUAUCCAAACUUGAUAAAAACUCUAUCCUUUCUCCUUAAAUCUUACGAGCCAAAAGUUAAUGCAGCAGUUACUCAGAGUGAUAACAAACAUAAUGAAACAUGUACCAGGCUGCCGAGGCCUGCAUUUUUGAUGAGUUGGAAACGCAGAAUCGGAAAAGAUGAUGAAUCACUCUUCUUCACUGGAUGCGAGAAUGCUGGACUUGAUGUCGAACAUCUAGGAUCCCGCGUGUUUUGUAUUAAGCCUAGAGAAAAAGGCAGUGUAGGAAACAGAGAGUGUUGUUGAUUGUAGUUGAGUUUUGAGUUGAGAAGCUGCCAUCAAACCUUUUGAUAGACCGACCGGGAACACGUUCAAUGUUGGGCAUUGACAUUUUAAUGCAUUGCAAUCUGGGCAUUGAUCAAUCUUUAUGCUUUUCAGCAGCUAUACAAUCCGAAUUGGCUAUGAUCAAGAAAUGUCACGCGAAGCACACCUUCAAAGCUCGGCUGAAGUUGACUCCAUUCUAGUCAAAAUUGGCCUUAUAUUGGAUGAACCAGAUGCUUCUAGUCAAAAUUCGAACGCCAAAUGCUGCAAACAAAAAUGUUUGGCUCCACUGCUGCUGUUUUUGAUGCAUACAAAGAAACCUCACCAAAAUUGCUUGUUUUGUUGAGCGGCUAUGAAAUACGAGCACUUUCAAGAAGGUGGUGUAAGGUGGUGUAUUCGUGUUUGACACUGACAUUCUUUAGAAGUUUUGGGACACGUGUCUGAUAUUUUUUUAUCUGUG